ACAUUCCCGUCGAGGCACCGACCUGUCAGCAUUGUCGCCACGUGAUCACUUUAUCCAAUCACGUUACUGUGCUUCUCUACCAAGUAGUCAAUUCAGAAAUAAAAAAGCUACAAAAUGGUAUCUGUACGAGUAAUGGCGUGUUUUGGAGUGAUUCUCAUAGCUCUUGUCCAUUGGUCAGCGGAAUAUCCAACAGAUGAUAAGGAGGGUCUUCAAAACGAGAUCGAAAGUUACGAGGAUAAUGGACCGGAGGAUGCUUUGCUGUACAAGCUUUUAAAACGACUUAGCACCCAGAUGGUUGUACGGGAGCUGCAACGUAAACGCAGUUACUGGAAGCAGUGCGCCUUUAACGCAGUUUCGUGCUUCGGAAAGUAGACGAAAUCAGCGUGAAAGCCCAGAAAUAUAAACACAUCGUCUUUUUUCUCAUUCUUCCUUCUGUCGUCCAGCUUAACUAUAAAUCGAUGUACCUUAAAAAAUUGUAAUUUAAGCAUACAACAUCUACAAUAAUUAUCGAUCAAAACCACUGAAAUGAGAUCCAGAUAAAAAAAGCUCUAAACUAAAAGAAAUCUCUAAUUUUUCAAAAUUAUCCCUCAAAAUAAAAGUAAAAUAACCAUUUAUUUUAAAUUGCUUUCCUAAAUAAUCUAAAAAUGCAAAAUUCCAUUCACAAAAUAAAAUACAAUUUGCAAUGUGUUCAGCAAUUAGCAUUUUUAUCUCUCAUUUUUCUGUUUACGAUCGAUAGAGAGAAAAAAACAUUCUUCCGGAUUCAGCGAGAGCACUAUAUUUUUCGCUAAGCCAGGAGUGGAUUGUAGGGUUAACAGAAAUGCUAGUGAAUAUAUUUUAAUUAACGAACGGAUAGACAUAAAUAUGUUCCUACAGAAAUCGCGCAUAAUAGAGAAGAUAAUUAAGAAACAUUUAGUUUCAGAGAUAUCAUAUUGUAUAGUUUUAUUUUAUUUUUCGCGUGCCAGAUAAUGCCAAAAGUCAGAUUACAUCAUUCAGUAUUAAAUAAAAAAGUCGUUUAUAAUUCGAUAAGUUUACUCUUAAAUACCCUAGUUGAUUGUAAUGAGAGCAAAUUUUGAUGUUUGAAAGAGAAUUUUCAAAAUUCAACCUAUACAAAUUCUAUAGAUACUUGUUAGACGACACCUCUAACCCUGACACGUAGGAUUUUAUCGAUUGCUGCAUUAUUUAAUUAGAUGUCACCUGGAAAGACUUUGUAUUUGUUACUAUUUUAUGCUCUCUUAUUUACAUUCAAGGUUGAGAAUUAUUUUUUUAUCGUGAAAAUCGAAGAAUUAUAUUUUAAUUAUAGUAGUAGGGAUAACUUUUUAUUAGGAUUUACACGGCACUCAGUGAAGUUUUUUUAGCUCAAUUUUUUAUCCAUAAAUGUAUCCAGAAUAAUUUGGUUUUUUAUUGUGAAAAUUAGUUCCUUUCCGGCGAAGAAUAUUUGUGAUCCCUGUUCCUUAACUAUGUAAACGCCUUGUAGACUAGAGAAAUACAAAUCCAACCUGCAAUAAUUUUUACUAAUAGAAAAACCCUGUCAGUGUUUCAAUUUUCAAAGAAAGUACAAUGUGAAUAUUUAUGUCUGAGAAUAAAGGCUCUAAGGAACUUUUAUCGGUA